AUGUCAGAUCAGGAGCCAUCAGUAGAGGCAAAAUCUUCACCGCAUCAAAAACCAGAACAAGAGCAUGAGGAAGAACAAGAGCUAGAACAAGGGUCGGAGCAGGAUUCGCAGGGGUACGAUCACGAAGACGAAGAAGAAAUAGAGAUACCCGUUACGAGAGAUACCCUCACAUUCAACCAGACCGUCAAGGGAAUACUGGAAUUCAUCGAAGUAGCGAUACACUGUAUCCUCUACGUCCGCCAGAUCUACCCCGCAGACCUCUUCAUCCGGCGCAAGAAAUUCGACACGGCUGUCUACCAGUCCCGGCAUCCAGCACUCAACGAGUACAUCUCGGGCGCAGUGAAAGCCGUCGGCGAAGAGCUCAUCCUAGGCAACGUCGACAAGGUCGUGGUAGUGAUCAAAGAUAAAGAAGAAGUUGCGCUCGAGCGGUUCAUCUUCACCAUACAGAACAUGAUCGACGUCGAGGCGUACAACAAGGAUACAGCUGUUGUGGGUGCACUGGAGGCCUCUUCAUUGGGACAGUACUUUCGAUCAUUCCUCGUGAAGCUCAAUAUGAUCGAGGCGCAGUUGGGCGAGAUGCCGCAUGGCGAUUCAAGGUCGUUCGCAAUUGUGUUAGAGUUGCAGGACAAUAUUGCACCGAGCGUCAAUGCGGCGAAGGAAACGCCUCCACCGUGGAUACCUGCUGUUACACAACACACAACCGACGGUGCUGCCGAUUCGGCCGAACUGCACAUGGUUCGCGCAGUAGACACCGGCGUAAUCAAUUUGGCACUCGCUGUACAAGAAUCAGAAGACAAGCUGAAGCGCAUCCGGGCGGAGCUACAGCCAAAGUCCCCACCACCUUCGAAAGGGAAAGGAAAGGAGCGUGCAGUCUAA